UCUAUCUGCACUGCAGCUAUACCUUCUUUCUUGGAAGCUCCAAAGAAGUCUCGGCUCAUCAUUUAUCAAUCAAAUCCCUAAUUCUCCACAUCUCUCUGUCUCUCUUCCUGUUUGUCUGUUGAUUAUUUUCACACUGGAGGAUCUGUAAGUCUCUGCCUCCCGGCCAUGGACGUUCCGACUUUCCAUCCGCCGCCGCUGAAGCCUCGGCUCAGUCGACCCUGUUCCUUUUACAAGACUUCAUUUCUUCAGGGAAUGAUUUCUCAUAUUGGGGUUAACUCUUGGAUGCUUCAUCACCCUUCAUCACCAUCUAUGAAGCAACACCAUUUAGUUUUAGCCCAUAGCUUUGGACAAGUAAAUGGGAUAGGGGUAUUACCUAAUCACAAACACUACAGUUGGAGAACAGCAUCACAUAUGCAGACCUCCAGGAAAGCACCUCGUUCAUUCUCAUUCAGACCAUGUCAAGUUAAAAGGGAGGAUUCGGAGGGAACUCUGAGUGGUGAAAGCAUCAUAUUGGACGAGCAGACAUUGGAGCGGGAGCUACAAAUUGCCAUUGACGAGGAAAAUUAUGCACAAGCCGCAAAAAUCAGGGAUAGCCUCCGAGUCCUCCAGGAGGAUGGCAAAGCUUCGGUGCUAGCAGCAAAUGCUCGAUUCUAUAACUCAUUCAGGACCGGGGAUCUGGCUACCAUGCAAGCCCUGUGGGCAAAGGGGGAUAAUGUGUGUGUUGUACACCCUGGUGUGAGUGGCAUAUCUGGCUAUGACCUUGUAAUGGGGAGCUGGGAAUUUGUAUGGGCUGACUAUGAAUUCCCCUUAGAGAUUGAGAUAAAGGACGUUCAAGUUCAUGUUCGAGGCGACGUAGGGUAUGUUACUUGCAUCGAGCUGGUUAAGACAAAAGGUAGCAGCUGGGGAAGACAGUUCGCCACUAACAUAUUUGAGAGGAUUGAUGGCCAAUGGUUUAUCUGUAUUCACCAUGCAUCGCAUGUUGACCUGUGAAGGAGAACAUCUCUACCAAAUAUUAGUAAUACACAUGGGAAAGGAUGGUGGUUGUUUAUUGCAACUGCGGCUAUGGGUUAUGUUAUGGAUGCUCAAGUUAAUUAUCAGGAGAAUGGUAAAUGCUCCCCCCUUGCUCAAUUUUGUUAAAUUUCGGGUUGUAGAGUCCUAUAGAGAAUUAUCUGCUUAAUGGUUCUGUGGAAUUUGCAACAAUAUUAGUCCUAAUCGUAUGAACAUGGACCUUCUUCUGUUAGUUAACGAUAGAAUGUUAAAGACUUA